UAACACCAAAAUCACUUUCUUCCAGCAGGGUUCAAUCUUCGCCAUAGGAGAACUCUCUGGAAGUACGAGGCCUCGCAUUCCAGGUUCGUGUUGUUGUGCCUUGUUUCAAUUCUAGAGUAAGUCACCGGGUGCUGUUGAUGUUGCAUUUUGUUGGUGGUUUUUGCCCGCGGAGAAGUAGCAAAGUGUUUCUGAUUAGCAUUUCAACACGACUGUCGUGCGCCUUUAUCGGUCUUAAUUUUAAAUUUCGCUGUUGGAAGCGCUUCAAGCAUAGUUUUUUUUUUCUUUGGAGGUAAGGACCCAUUUAUCUGAACAUGGGUGAUAGCGAAGCAGUUACUGAAAAAUCUGCAGCUGUAAGCUUCAAUUCCACGAGCUAUGCUUCAAGUGGCCAAGCUAAUGCCAUACCAGAUCCUAUUCCCGAGGCAGUUUCUACUGUUGUCGAGUCUGGUUCAGAAGCUCAGCAGGCUAAUGCAACAUUUGAAUCGAAUUGUUCUAAUUUCGGAGAUGGGAAUGCUUACAGUGGGGAUCCUAGUUCUGUUCUACAACAAGUCCAGUUCAACACGACUGGUGGAACUAUGCAAACUGAUGGUAAUCAGACUGCCGGUGGAAACACAGCCCCAGAAUAUUCUCAAGUGCCUGACUAUAAUUCAUCGGUAAAUGGGGCAGUGGCAAAUGCCACAGGACUCGAGAAUGGGAGUGUGUUGGAGAAUAUUGAUGGAUCAGCAGCUGAUGAGAAACAGCUUGCUGAUGGUUAUGCUGCAAUGUCUGCUGAGGAAGAUAGGCUGUGGAAUAUUGUGAGAGCUAAUUCUUUAGAUUUUAAUGCUUGGACUUCCCUGAUCGAGGAAACAGAGAAAGUGGCUGAGAACAACAUUCUGAAGAUCCGAAAAGUUUAUGAUGCUUUUCUAGCCGAAUUUCCUUUGUGCUAUGGAUAUUGGAAGAAGUAUGCUGAUCAUGAAGCUCGUCUUGGGUCUAUUGAUAAAGUUGUUGAAGUCUAUGAGCGAGCGGUUCAAGGAGUUACAUAUUCAGUGGAUAUGUGGUUGCAUUAUUGCAUAUUUGCUAUAAGCACAUAUGGGGAUCCAGAGACAGUUCGUAGGCUUUUUGAACGAGGAUUGGCUUAUGUUGGAACAGAUUAUCUUUCUUUUCCAUUGUGGGAUAAAUACAUUGAAUACGAGUACAUGCAGCAAGAUUGGGCCCGUCUUGCCAUGAUCUACACCAGAAUAUUAGAGAAUCCUAACCAACAAUUAGAUCGGUAUUUUAGCAGCUUUAAGGAGUUAGCUGGAAAUCGUCCUUUAUCAGAAUUGCGAACUCCUGAUGAAGCCGCAGGAGGAGGCACAGUUUCAGAGGAUGGUGGCCAAGCCAAUGAGGGAGAAGUUCGUCCUGAUGGUGCGGAAAAUCCUCCUAAACCUGUAAGUGCCGGCUUAACAGAAGCGGAAGAGUUGGAGAAGUAUGUCGCCAUUAGAGAAGAGUUAUAUAAGAAAGCUAAAGAGUUCGAUUCUAAGAUCAUUGGUUUUGAAACAGCUAUUAGGAGGCCCUACUUUCAUGUACGGCCCCUCAAUGUUGCAGAGCUUGAGAAUUGGCAUAAUUAUCUGGAUUUUAUAGAAAGAGAAGGUGACUUUAGCAAGGUUGUAAAGUUGUAUGAAAGAUGUGUCAUUGCAUGUGCCAAUUAUCCGGAGUACUGGAUACGGUAUGUAUUAUGUAUGGAGGCCAGUGGGAGCAUGGAUCUUGCAAAUAAUGUAAUUGCUCGGGCAACGCAGGUCUUUGUGAAGAGGCAACCUGAGAUACAUCUUUUCUCUGCACGUUUCAAGGAGCAGAAUGGGGAUUUAGCUGGUGCCCGAGCUGCCUAUCAACUGGUGCACACCGAAAUUUCUCCUGGUCUUCUUGAAGCUAUAAUCAGGCAUGCAAAUAUGGAAAAUAGACUGGGUAACUUGGACGAUGCGUACUCCCUAUAUGAGCAGGCUAUUGCCAUUGAAAAAGGAAAAGAACAUUCACAGACAUUACCCAUGUUGUUUGCUCAGUAUUCUCGGUUUGUAUAUCUGGUUUCUGGGAAUGCUGAAAAGGCUAAGGAAAUUCUGGUUGAGGGGCUUGAGCAUGUUCAGUCAUCAAGGCCAAUACUCGAGGCUUUGUUACACUUUGAGGCUAUCCGACCUUUGCCUAAGAAAGUAGACAUUGACUUUCUAGAUUCAUUGGUUACAAAAUUCAUUGUUCCCAGCGCAGAGAACCCAAAUGCUGCUAGUGCAACUGAUAGGGAGGAACUUUCUAGCAUUUUUCUGGAGUUCUUGAAUCUCUUUGGAGAUGUUCAAUCCAUCAAGAGAGCUGAGGAUAGGCAUGCCAAACUCUUCUUGCCUCAUAGGAGUAUGUCAGAGUUGAGAAAACGUCACGCAGAGGAUUUUCUUAGUUCAGAUAAAGCAAAAAUGGCGAGAUCUUACUCUGUUCCGUCUCCUGCCCAAUCUUCAAUGGGCGCAUAUCCAAAUGCACAGGGCCAGUGGGCUUAUGGAGUGCAACCUCAAACUUGGCCACCGGCCACACAAGCACAGGGACAACAAUGGGCUGCUGGUUACACCCAGCAGGGUGCAUAUGGGGCUUACGCGGGAUACGGGGGUACUUACACUAAUUCACAGGUGCCUGCCUCAGUUCCACAGAGUACUGCAUACGCGGCCUACCCUCCUGCUUAUCCAGUACAGACUGCAGUUCCUCAGCCGAGUUAUGUGCAACCAGCUGCGGCUCCAGCGCUGCAAGCGGCGGCAGCUCCUCAGACGUAUUAUGGGAGUGGCUAUUACUGAGCUAAUCAAGAUUAAGAUUAGAGAUGGCCUUCCAUUUUUGGUUCCUGUAUUUUUAGGACAGUUUGGGUAUAGGAAUAGUCUUAAGGCAUAUGGCUUUGAGUUAGAAAAUUGGCGCCUAACCGAUGCGGUUGUAUUAGCUACCGUUUGUAGUGUAAGAUAUUUUCUUGUUUCCUCCCUUUUCUGGUAGAGGCUUUCCUUUUUAGCUUCUGUCGACAUUGAGUUGUGCUUUAAUGCAAAUAUUCACGUCACACGAUACGGUUCA